AUGGCCGGUUGGUUUGCCGUUAUAUACAGUGCUUUUCAGAAAAUCCCAUGGACUGGAUCCGAUCAGGCCAAGAAGGCUGUGCUGUACAUGCCGCCGAAGGAACGAGAUCACUUCCCCCGUCUACGCUCGGCCACAUGGUCCACGGAUUGGAUACGAUGGCGGUGGUAUAUCACGGGAUCCGAUCCAGGGACUAUGUCGAUAUCGAAGCUCGUCCGUGAACGCUCCAUACGAGCCAUCUCGAGUCCGAUCAGUAGGGCUGGUCUAGGUGGUCCACGGACUAGAUCCGAUAUGAUGACCCGUCUGGGUGGUCCGCAGACUGGAUCCGAUCCAUGGACCAUCUCGAUAUCGAGCAGGGUCCCCCGGCCACAUGGUCCACGGAUUGGAUCCGAUGACGAGGAGUGCCGACAUCUCACGUGA